AUGGUAAGGUUCCCACAAAUUAUAUUGUGUAAUUAUCAGUUCCUUAAACAAUUCGAUCCUCAUCAUUAGAGUGUAAAAAAGAGCAAUAAAUUUUAGAAGUAUGACUUUUUAAUUUUAAUAGGAAUUUCUGUUUGUCUUAUUAACAGAAAGAUGAAUGCUGA